UAUAGCCGAGCUCCGAGACCACGAAAUUCUGCCUCACCUCCUCAAAGCAAACCCACACAAGUCGACAUGGAACAACAUGAUGCUAUUUGUUAGAUUCCAAGUGGAGGAAUUUGCAUUCAAGAAAUGGGGCGGUCCAGAAGGACUGGAUGCCGAAUGGGAACGACGGACUGCCGAAGCUAAGAAACGGAAGGGCAAAAAAUUCGCACAGAGCCUUCAAGAAUUGAGACGGAAGACUCGGGAGAGUGUGUGGCAGAUGAGGAAAGACGAGGAGCACAGACAUGAGUUUGGCGCAACGGAGGUGCGCGAGGACGGGAGUGGGAUUCAACGAUGCGUUGAAUGCGGGUUUGAGAUCGAGGUUGAAGAGUUUUGAAUGACUAUACGUACGGAUUCGUGUAACUUAUUUGCUCAUGUAUUUUCUUAUUGGAAGGAAUGGUGACCUGUUAGGCAGGACUCAGUGACGCUCGGCGCUUCUAUCUGAAUAGAGUUUUGCACAUAUGUCGCUUCAGAAAUCCUUCGCGACAGCGAGGUGGAUACGAUCCCAGUCAACAUUCCAUCGGCCACCCAGAAUACCGUGGUUCGUGCGAAGAGAGCCGCAACUUCAACCUCCCCCUCAAGACACUGAACCCCAGCUUCCCCCGCUCCCUUCAGAUGUGCCCUCUCAUCUCCACACUUUAUAUGCCCAUUUCGCUGCCCUCCCUCAUCUUGAGCGCUCAUCGAUACUGGUCUCUCGCCCACCACCUCCAAGACCUCCACCGCCAAUACAAUUCCGACAGCCGCAAGGCAGACGGCGUCGAGGUGGCCAGCUAUAUGCGGGGGAGGGUGUCGGCGAACCACAGUCGCCUUGGAAUUGGGUCAUUUUUGCUCAAGUAAAAGAGGGGACAGAAGGGAAAGGCUCCAUCGAGGUAGUCAUGCGAAGUGCUCGACAAGCGGUGAGGGCGUUUUCUCGCGUCGUCACAUCCGCACUUGGCAUUACCACGAAAAAAUCGGUAGGCAGGGCCACUCAGGAUGGAUGGGGUUUUCUUGACAUGGGCGAUACCGCGAUUCAUGUCCUCAGCAAGGACGCCCGUGAAAAGUGGUUCUCUGAUAACGCAGACUAUGAUUAGAUCUGAGUGUGUCUUCGUCCGAAGUCUGUUGUGCCCCAAUUAAGGUCUGGCCAGCAAUGGACUGGGCCGUUAUCCAACAGAUUUAGUUGUAGAAAAAGCUGACUUCCGCAUCCUAAAAUGAGUCUUCCGAACAGGACCUCCACCAGCUCCCACUUCUGGUUCUGGGCGAAUGUGUCUGGGUGUGCUUACGCCCGUAACAUGAACAUGACCAGCAAAGGCUGCAUGCACGCCGUUCUAAACGAUUGCUUUCCUGAUCAGCUCUGAAAGGUACAAUGUCCCAAUCUUCCCUCUUGCACCCCACUCGUAUCCCUGUGCUCACCUACGAUCCAAUCAUGUGGAAUUCUGCCUGUCAUUGCAGUUGUUUGAUCACGGCAGAGAUU